CGCGUUCACCACCACACCGUGCGGGUCCUUCGUUUCGCCUGUCUCUCAGCUACUUCUAUCGAUCACUUUCAUCAGCAAUCACCCAUCGACGGGUUUGAUCUGGGGAAUGUUCCUGCAUGGCUGAAGUCUCUUCGCCUUCACAAAUACACUGCUAUGUUCGCUGAACUGAGUUAUGAGCAAAUGAUGGCUCUUGAUGAGGCCGAACUCGAAAGAAGGAAUGUGACGAAGGGGGCGCGUACGAAAAUCCUACAAUCCAUACAAAAGCUCCGUAACCGAGCUGCUGAUUUGCGAGCAAUGCAUGAGAAGUUAUCGUUAUCCCACCCUGAACGAUGUUUGCGUUGUGCAAUUGCGUCGUUGCGCCAAAUGAUUGCUGCGCCGAUGAUUCCAUAUAAGCCUGUUGCUGGUGAGAGUUCUAAUACGAUCGACGGUUUUGCACCCCUGUCAUGUAUCAGCGAUCAGAAUGUUCCUGGUCUGAUCUUCAAUUUACUUGGUGAAGUUCAAAGAGCCGUAUUCGUAUCUAGAAGACAACCAAUGGAUAUUGAGUACGAGUACCUAAUGAUGCUUUUCACAAUCUUUGAUAAACUGUGCAAUAACGAGGCUUUCACUCCCAUGCAAAGACAGCGCGUCCAUCAAUGGAAACGUUUGGCACGAAAGGCUAUUCGCCCAACGGAUGUUCGUCGUCGUCGAAUUGGCUUUCUCCAUUCAGGAAAAUGCGAAAAUUGUCAUUACAAGGUGCGUGAGAAUGGGAUCGAAUCGUUUUUCUUUGUAUUUCUUUUGUCUCAAUGUUAUUUUACAUACGUAGAUGAAUUUACAAAACUGAGGCAUAAACUAUUUGUAGGGAUUUUUUUCUCUCAGUUAGGUUACUUGGUGCAGACAACCCUUUUUCGUACUUGUCUUCUAUAG